AUGGAACAAAUUCCCUCAAAUUCUGUCGAAAAUAAUCCUUCUCCACCAAUAAAUCCAUUGCAUUUAUUGUUGGAAGCUUCUGAUCAAAUACGGGAAACUACAUCAACUCAAUAUUCUGAUGUUAAUGACAGCUCUUCUCGUACCGACUUUAUGUCCUGUGAUCCUGUUCCUGAUCAACGUCUUUUGAAUUAUAACAUGAAUAUUGACUUGAUGAAUGCUAACGGUGGUCAUGAUGAU